AUGGAUGAAACAUUGAUCUCUACUAUCAACAAGUUACAAGACGCUUUGGCUCCAUUAGGUGGUGGUUCUGCUUCUCCUGUGGAUUUACCUCAAAUCACCGUUGUUGGUUCUCAAUCUUCUGGUAAAUCUUCUGUAUUGGAAAAUAUCGUUGGUAGAGAUUUCUUACCAAGAGGUACUGGUAUCGUGACAAGAAGACCUUUGAUCUUACAAUUGGUUAAUAGAAGACCUACAAAGACAAAAUCAAAUCAAGAUUUAUUAAAUUUAAGUUCAAAUUCUGAAAUUAAAGGUCAAUCUGAAGAUAAUGCUGAAGAAUGGGGUGAAUUCUUACAUAUUCCAAAUAAGAAGUUUUUCAAUUUUGAAGAAAUUAGAUCUGAAAUUGUUAAAGAAACUGAAGCUAAAACUGGUAAAAAUGCUGGUAUUUCAUCAGUACCAAUUAAUUUAAGAAUUUAUUCACCUCAUGUCUUAACUUUAACUUUGGUGGAUUUACCAGGUUUAACAAAAGUUCCAGUGGGUGAUCAACCAAAAGAUAUUGAAAAACAAAUUAAAGAUAUGUUAUUAAAAUUCAUUUCAAAACCAAAUGCUAUUAUUCUUUCUGUUAACGCUGCAAAUACUGAUUUAGCAAAUUCUGAUGGGUUAAAAUUAGCAAGAGAAGUUGACCCAGAAGGUACAAGAACUAUUGGUGUCUUAACAAAAGUUGAUCUUAUGGAUCAAGGAACAGAUGUUAUUGAUAUCUUGGCUGGUCGUGUUAUCCCACUUAGAUAUGGUUAUGUUCCAGUUAUAAAUAGAGGUCAAAAGGAUAUUGAACAAAAAAAAACAAUUAGAGACGCUCUAAGUGAUGAAAAAAGUUUUUUCGAAAAUCAUUCUUCAUAUAGAUCAAAAGCUCAUUAUUGUGGUACUCCAUAUUUAGCUAAAAAAUUAAAUUCCAUAUUAUUACAUCAUAUUAAACAAACAUUACCAGAAAUUAAAUUAAGAAUUGAAACCGCUUUGAAAAAAUAUCAAAAUGAAUUAGUUGCAUUAGGUCCAGAAACUAUGGAUUCACCAAAUUCAAUUGUUCUAAGUAUAAUUACAGAUUUUUGUAAAGAUUAUAAUGGUAUCUUGGAUGGUGAAGCAAAAGAAUUAUCAAGUUUAGAAUUAAGUGGUGGGGCAAGAAUUUCAUUUGUUUUCCAUGAAAUUUAUAAAAAUGGUGUUAAUGCAUUAGAUCCAUUUGAUCAAAUUAAAGAUACUGAUAUUAGAACUAUAAUGUAUAAUAGUUCUGGUGCUUCUCCUUCAUUAUUUGUUGGUACUCAAGCUUUUGAAGUUUUAGUUAAACAACAAAUUCAUAGAUUUGAAGAACCUUCAUUACGUUGUAUUAAUUUAAUUUUUGAUGAAUUAGUUAGAAUUUUAACUCAAAUUUUAUCAAAUCCAAAAUAUUCAAGAUAUCCUGCUUUAAAAGAAAAUUUAUCAAAUUCUUUUAUUGAAUUUUUAAGAACGGCUCUUGUACCAACAAAUCAAUUCAUUAUUGAUAUUAUUAAAGCUGAAGAAACUUAUAUUAAUACUGCUCAUCCAGAUUUAUUAAAAGGUUCUCAAGCUAUGGCUAUUGUCCAGGAAAAAUUACAUCCAAAGCAAGUUUCAGUUGACCCUAAGACAGGUAAACCAUUACCAUCAAAUUCAUCUCCUGCACCAUCAAUAAAUGAAGAUUCAAAUCAAGGUGGAUUUUUCGGUGGGUUUUUUUCAUCAAAAAAUAAAAAAAGAUUAGCAGCAAUGGAAGCACCACCAACUAUAUUAAAAGCAUCAGGAGUAAUGACAGAUAGAGAAACUCAAGAAACCGAGGUUAUAAAAUUAUUAAUUCAAAGUUAUUUUUCAAUCGUGAAAAGAACAAUUGCUGAUAUAAUACCAAAAUCUAUAAUGUUAAAAUUAAUUGUUAGAUCCAAGAAUGAAAUUCAAAAAAUUUUAUUAGAAAAAUUAUAUGGUUCAAAUGAUUUAAAUGAUUUAGUUAAAGAAAAUGAAAUUACUAAACAAAGAAGAUUAGAAUGUAUUAAAAUGGUUGAAGUUUUAAAACAUGCUAAUGAUAUUGUUUCUUCUGUUUAG